AUGAACGCUCCUGCCCGAUAUGAACUCUUUGUGCUCGAGGAUGGCGAGAAGCCUGUUGAGGUCAUAGAAGACAGUAAGAUCCCUAAUGCCGCUACGAUCAAGGUUGUGAAGCAAGACCACACUUUGGGCAACAUGCUUCGGUCUCAACUCCUCGCCAUGCCCGAGGUCCUCUUCGCUGGAUACAAGGUUCCUCACCCUCUCCACCCCUACUUCAUCGUGAAGGUCCAGACAGAUGGGUCUAUCACACCCCAGGCAGCAGUUGAAGCAGCUUGUACAAAGCUUAUCGCUACCAUCAACACCGUCGCGCAAAAGUUCAAGCGUGAAUUCAGCUACAAGGAUAGCACUAGUGGCGAGGGUGCCCAAGCGGGCGACGAUCCCUAUGGCGGUACCGGCCCUUCCUGGACCAGCCAGAACUACGCCGACUUCGAUCUUUGA